AUGAGCUCGUUAGAGGAUUUAGUGGCAGCACUUAACAAUUCCUUAACCCCACACAGUUCUCCUCCAGUUGAAGCUCAUGUCGAAUGUACCGCUUCAUCUUUUGGCAUAACUUUGAUAGGAAAUAUCGCCCAAAAGUUACAAUGGACAGAUGAGCAAAUUAAACUUUCAGAUACAUUAUUUACAACUACCUUUUUCUCACUAGCAACUGUAAAUGGCCUCGUCACAGCGCAAGUUGAACAGUCCGAUAUUCCACAGCUUGUUUUUACAACAUCAGCACUUAUUACAUAUAUUGAAUAUCUUACAUAUAUGCUAAAUACCAUACCCCUCUUUUCCAAUGAGGUACAAAAACAAGUCGAAUUAGCUGUUCAAAACCAGAUUGAUCCUAACGCGUUUAUUCAAAGUGUUACAGCAUUACAUGAGUUCGCUCAACUCACUCAAUAUGUUGUUGUUCACUACGACAACGAAAUACCAUUGACAAAAAACGCAGUUCAAGUUCCUUUACUUGGAGAACAAAUAAAUGCAGUCAUUUCUGCAAUCAUUCAACUAUACAAUCUUGCCGGAGCAAUUUAUACUGAUAUAUCUAAGCAAAUUGAUCCAACAUUAGAUUAUCAGCAGUUUAUUCAGCUCUACAGCCAAGUUCUCCAGGUGAUUCCUGCUCUCAUUACGAUGAUAACACAGAUCAAAGAUUCUCUUAACCAGACUGUCAUUCAAAUUUAUCCAGAACCUGAAUAUAAUGAUUUUCAAUUAUAUCUCAAAGCAUUCACAAAGAGUUCGGCAAUGUUAUACCUAUUGUCCUCUAUCAUUGGAAUGUACAAUCAGGACAGUUUUCAUAUUACAUUAAGUGUUCUCAAGAUUUUAGCUGAGCAACUACAUGUAAUCGACGCAAAAAUCACAAGAAUGCUUAGAUUCAGAGGUAAUUUCGAGCUCACUGUUAAGGAAAUCCGCCAAGCCUAUCAAACAAUGUCCGAAAUCUUCAAACCACUGCUUGAGAACCUUGUAACAACGUUACCAUUAGUACCUACUGGAUAUCGCAGUUCUGCUGAAAAAGCAAUUGUUGAAAGUUUCCAACACGUUCAGAAAUCUUUCAAUGAAUUCAACGGAAGAUUCGAGAAUCUCUUGGCUGCGAUCAGAAAAGAUAGAAGAUUCUCGUUAUUCCAGAACAUCGAUGUUAUUCUUAACAGCCCUGUUACAGCUCAAGCUCAGAAUUUAAUUCAAAACUGCGUUUUCCUUGCUCAACAAAUGCUUAGAGAUAACGCAAGUCUACCAGAAAUUACACAAACUGUACAAGAAAUUUCUGCAAGUUACCCUCAAUUUUUGACAUAUUUCAAUCAAAUCAUUUCUGAUGCAUUAGAAUUAACAAACAAAGAGCGCUGGGUAAAGCAACGCGACUAUAUAGCACUUACACUUAAUGAUUUCAUCAAUACAUUCCAGAUUUUCUCAGCAAAUCAAGAAAAUAUUUUAUUCAGAUUUUUAACAGCUGCUUAUGCAGCCAGAUUUGCUGCUUCUUUCUUAAUGAUGGAUAUCCAUCCAAUAAUUACAAUGCAAUUGCAAGUAAUGAGACAAAUUUUGAUAUCUGGAAUAAUUUUGUUAUUCAAAUCAACUGCGAAGACAAUUUUCGAUUUGUUAUCUCAUGUUAACCAGGUUUCUUCUGUUCUUUCUCAAGAAUCAAAACAAAAAUUUGAUAUAAUUUUCCCUGUUGCUUUCCAAACAUUCCAAGAUGCAGCAACAAAGAUCAUAUCAAUCAAUAAUGAAAACGAUACAGAAGCAUUCGCAAAUUGUCUUAAUGAAACUGAUAAAAUUUUAUUAAUCUUCAAAGCACUUAUUUCUAUCAUUGAAAGCUGCCAAGAUCAAAACAUUGCUUCAGCAAAUACUCUUCUCUCCAGUUUCGAGAACGCUUUAUCAACUUUGACCAGGAUAUUCAGAAUUUUACUUCAAAUCGGAAUUACUAAUGAUGCGAAGUCAUUUAACUUCAUCAUGAGUCCAUACAUCGAUAUAUUGUCUACUUUGUACAAAUUACAAAGCGAUUCGAUUUAUGAAAGAUAUCUCAAACUUAAAAAGCCAUUGGAAGAGAAUCUCGACAAGAUUAAGGAUGUAUUAGAUGAUGAACCUCCAUUUGGUUCAUUUGAUCCUGAUUUUUGUUCAAAUAUUUUCACUCAUUUUGGAAAUGCGGCAAAUUCUUCCUUUAACUUAACAAAGGAGAUCCCCGCAUCGAUAAAAUCAGGAAAUUACAACAGUUAUCUUGAAAAAUACUAUAAUUUAUUGGCAAAUUGCAUCCAAAGUUACACAACAAACGCAAAUUACCAAAAAACAAUCAAUGUUAAUUAUGUUUGCAGCAUCAAUGGUGUUUCUGGCUUCAAAUUGAAGGAAUGUUGUACAUCAAUCAGUCAAAAAUUAAAUGAACUUGUUCAGAAGCUCCAAACAGAUCCACAGACAACACCAAGUCUUGCAAUACUUAUCUCCAAAGAUCUAUAUGAUAUUCCUGUGAUUUUGGCAAAAGAAUCAAAUUCAGAUAAACUCAAACCGAAAUCAUUAUCGUUAAACAACCUUGUUACUAGUUAUGCAUGUGGUGACCAAACAAUCAUACAGAAACUGGUUGAAACAAUACAAGAUAUCAGUAAUUCUGUAAAUCCUUUGAUUCAACUCAGUGAACAACUCAUUAAACAGAUCUCAGAGACACAGAAACCAAAGGAAGAACCAAAACCACAAGAAAAACCUCCAGAAAUACAAAAAGAAGUUAAGCCCGUAAAAAGUGACAAAGAAAUUAAUUUUGAUGAAAUUUCUGAUUCAGAUAUCAGUGACAAUGUUAUUGAACUUAAUGAGGAAGUCACAGGAAUCAUCAGCAAAGUUGUCAGUGAUGUUAAGAAGUUAAAUCAGAAUGAUAUGAAUGAAUUAAUUUCUGAAUUACAAGAUCUUCGAAAGAAAUCGAUGAAAUUGACAUCAUUGACAUUAGUUGCUGCUAAGAGACGCUCAGUUAUGUUAAAUAAAGAUGAUGUUGAUAAAUAUUCCAAGGAGAUUUCGAAAUUGGUUGAGAAUUUGAAUAAUUUAGAGAAAAUUUCAAAAGAUUCUCUUCAACAAUCGAACAAAACAACUUCAUAUCGCAAUGUUAUUAAGCUACAAAGAGAAAUAAUAAUAAAUAUCUCAACAAUUGCGAUGUUUUGUGACAAAUUUGCUGAAAUUCCACAAAAUUCAGAACAAAACCAUGUGACAAAAUGCUUAUUAUUGAUGUUAUAUAUCAUAACACAAGAUAAACAGAAGUCUAUUGAUGUUUUGAAGCAGUUUUCAUUGAAGAAAGUCACAGAAAAAGAAGAUUUAGAUUUAAUCACCGGAAAACUCUCAGAAUUAGAGAAGGAAUUAUCAACAGAUGAUAUAUUAUCACAAAUUAACCAUGUAAUUGAUAUCAAACAAUCAAUUGAUAGUUCAUUAUCUGAAGAUAUCAAAUCUCAACCAGAAAUCAUCAUCAAACUUCCAUUUAGAUUCAAUGUCACGACUAAUAAGUCAUAUCAACCACGUCAUGUUGCAGAAAUCAAGAAAGAAAUCGAUAAUUGCUAUAAUUUACAUGAAAUUUCUCUAAAUAAGUUGAAUGAAGUACUAAAUAAUAGAAAAUCUACACCAGAAUCGAUCUUUUCUGCACUUAAAGAGUACCAUGACUCAUCAAACAAGUUAUUAAUUAAUACAGAUUUGAUGAGAAACUCAACAUGGAAUCCAAACUGUCAGAACAAGCUCCAGACAUGUUAUAACAACUUAGUAGCUGCAGGAGAUAACGCAAUCGAUGCUUGCAGAGCCAGAUUACUUGCAGACGAGAAAUGGAAGGAAACAAUUCAAAAAUUCACUGAAAAUGCAAAAGAUUGUUCCCAAAAAAUCAUCACAGCAUCACAAGAAUCUCUUGAUGCAGUCCAACAAGACUUAUCCAGCACAAACGAAGCAGAAAAAGAACUGAUGAUCGCAGCACAAAACAUCCAGAAAUCACAGUCAAGACUGAUGUCAUUCAAAUCACAAGCGGAAGAUCAAAGGACACAGAAAGGAGACAGUUACAUCGGUGUCGAAAUCAUCGAUGUUUCCGCUCCAAUUCUCAAUACUUCUGCAAAACUAAUUGAAGCAGCACAAGCACAGAUGAAGUAUUGUUUGUCGAGAAAACCAAACUUAGAUAACCAGACAGGAAUGAUAAACACAGCGAGAAAUUUAGUUGAUUCUUUGGAUCUCAUAAUUGUUGCUGCAGAAGCAAUUGUUAAAAGCAAAAAAGAUGCAAUCAACAAAGUUUUGGCUGCUUGCAACAUCAUCUCAUCAUCAAUUGCGCACUUCCAAGCUGAAUGUCGUCAGAAAGAAGGUUCUCCUGAGUUAAAUGACGUAAUACAGAAGAUAACUGACCAGAUCCAAGAGACAAUCGGCCACGUCAGGAAUUUCGGAGAAACAGCACAGAGAAAGGAAACAGAAGAAUUGACAAAAGAUGUCAAACAACCAACAAAAGCUUUGAACAAAAUGGUCGAGAAACUCAACGCAGAAGCAAAGGUUAUCGAAGCCAAAAGAGCUCUCGAGGAAGCUGAAAACAAGCUCAAACAGAUAAGACAAAAGAAAUAA